CGUGGCUGCUUGGCCGCCGCUCGCCCUGGAUUUAAAGGGGCCGCGUCGGGAUAUAAAUGCAAUAAAUAAAUUGCAUUUAUUUAUUUAGUGGGAUGUCUCGCCGGGCCAAGGAGGACUACCAGCGGCAUUACACGGUCAGCGACCCCCGCGGCCACCCCAAGGGCUACACCGAGUACAAAGUCACCGCCAAGUUUGUGUCAAAGGUGAAUCCAGAAGAUGUCAAGGAGAUCGUGGUGUGGAAGCGGUACAGCGACUUUAAGAAGCUUCACGGAGACUUGGCCUACACUCACCGAAACCUCUUCCGGCGCCUGGAAGACUUCCCUUCCUUCCCCAAGGCCCAAGUUUUUGGCCGUUUUGACCCCGAGGUGAUUGAGGAACGGCGGAAGGCGGCCGAGGUCAUGCUGCGCUUCACGGUCCACAUCGCUGCUUUGAACAACAGCCCUCAGCUCAAGGAAUUCUUCCGGGGCGGGGAGGGAAAGACCCUCGCUGAGAAGUCUGACUUGCAGUCCCUGCCUCCCCCUCUGAUCCCGGUGCCGCCAGAAGGAGUCGAACCAGCGGAGGACGCUCUGGGAUCCGUCGCCGAGCAGGACCCCCCGGAACUGAAGCAAGACCCGUGCGGAGCCGCGGAGGCCACGAGCCAGGAGUGGGACUUGGAAGCCCGAAGGGAGGAGGAAGGGGGGGCCUCCUUCCCCACGAAGUCUCCGGAGGACGAGGCUCUGGACGCGCUCUUUGCCUUUGUGGAGGACGAGGAGGAAGAGAAAGGCCCGGGAUCGCCUCCCUGCUGCCUCUUGUCAGUCCAGGAGUUGGCGCUCUUUGACCCCUUCUCCAAGGAAGCCUCCGGCGCAGGAAGAGUCUCCCACGGGGAAGACCUGGCUGUUCUUGCUGCUGCGGACCACGGGACGGCCCCGUCCGCCCCCGGAGCAAGAGCGGGGCAGGAAGCCACAGAAGGAGCGGAGGCGUCAGACCCCGGCGGGUACGUGCCCCUGGCCACGGAGCGCAUCAGGCAGGCCUUGGAGAGCGAAGCGGCCGAGGACUACAAGGCGGCUUUCUGUGGCUACCGCAGCGGCGUGGAUUUACUGCUUCAGGGGCUGCAAGGGGACCCCGACGCGGCCCGCCGAGAGGCAGUGAAGAAGAAGACAGCGGAGUACCUUCAGAGAGCCGAGGAGAUCUUUCAGCAGCAUCUGAAACACUUAUAGUUGCGAGCAAGGUGGACAGACGGGCCACCACCGUGGGCCUGGGAGAAGAACACCUGCCUGCUUCUCCCAGCGGCCUGGUCCUGACAUUGGCUGGCCGGAGCGGAUUCAGCCACUCAGCGUCCCCCUCCUUGUGCCUCUCCUCCCCUAUGCACGUUGGGUAUUCU